AUGGCAUCAACUUCACUCCUUUCUUCUUCUUCCAUUGUUUCGUUUAACCCAUUUUCAGGCAUAGAUCGACACCGAAAGCGAGCUGCACGGUCUGCUACAAGGGUGCUUGCGUCAAGUAGAAAAGAUGCUGAUCAUGAGCAGUACCGGCAAAACUUCUAUAGGAGCAGGCUGGUGGAUGAGAACAUGAUUGUUCUGAGGAAGAGGGUUCAUGAGAUGAAGAUGGUGGAGAGGAACUACGAGCCUCCCUCUGAUUGGCUCGACUGGGAGAAGCGCUAUUACACCACUUACGAUUCUUUUAUAUGCCAACUCAUGGGUCUCUUGCAAUCUCAGUUGAUGAACACCAGACCGAGCUUCGCUUUGGCAACCAUAGCUUUGAUCAUCUUGAGCCUGCCCACCUCAACACUUUUGCUUUUCUUCCAUUUACUUGAUCUCACAAAGGGGGUCCUAACUCUUAACUAG